AUGCGCUUGGACUCUACGCAUCAAGAUGAAAUUUCUGUCAUUCUCAUCAUCAAUGGUGAACCGUGUGAGAGGUUUACGUUCUCUGUUGAGGGCAAUGUUCCGGUAAGUUUGCCUGUGACUCGGGGCAUCAACACCUCCGCUAUUCGACAUGGCGCACGACGCUAUAAUGGGCUGUAUGAGCUGGCUUUCAAUAUGCAACUAGGAGAUAGUAAAUUGAACGACUAUGCAAAGGGGCGAACAGUUGGGCAUUUCCUUCUACCGUCUGGCAAGGUACACUACCUCGGACCGCUAAUGCCGUUCGGCGAAAGUGUAGCCUCAGCCGUGCUUGUUGAGGACGUACCCCACACUAUACAGCUUCGCCUUUCUCUUGAAGAAAAUUUAUGUGAGGGUGAGGUGGCUGCAUGGCCUGCAGAGUUACUUCUUGCGGAUCACGUAAUGGCAGUUAUCGAUAAUGACGACCUCUCUGGUUCAGUUCCAUCUUCACAUGUGCAAAAUCUUGUGCGUGAGUUGCCCUUUUAUAAUGAGGGCAUGAGACGCUUUAAAAAUUGGUCUCUUUUUGCGCAUUUUUUCGCAGUCAACUACCGUUUGUGGGUGCUGGUAACGUAUUCGGCGGAGGAACACAAAAAAUUUGGUUUCAGCAAACUGAUGCUUGCCGGAGAACUGCGUAUGGUAUCGAAUAAUUUUCUGCAUUGUUACACAAAGGCAGAUAAAGAGAGGGAUAUCAUUCGCCACGAGGCUUUUUUGGAGUUUCGGCAGUUGCUGUUCUCAUUCACAGGGCCUUCAGAUGGCAGUAGGCGCAGUCCGAGACUGAGCAAUGAGGCUUUUCGAGUGCUUGGGGAAUCACGCAGUUUUCAAACCCUAAAUACCGCAAACUACGUUCGCAUUCUUCGCACCGUUGCGCUGGACCCCGAGCGCCACGUCCUCUUUGAUCCACUUCAUCCCAUUCGCAUCGAUUGGAAACACUCUGAAGAGACCACUCCCGCUCUUCUGCAUAAGUGCAUGUGA